AUAAGUGGAUGCUAAUCUACUUAUUCAGUCUCUUUUUUCCUCCAAGAAAUAUCUUUCAGAGAAUCGCUAAAAUAUUGAAUCAAUGAACAGAAUCAAUACUGGAAUCAGAACUGUAAAAAUCUCAACAAUUACCAUCCCUAGGCGGGGUAAACCUUGGACUGGUCGCCAGUCAGUCACAGGGCACAUAUACAGAAACAAACCUUCACAUUCACGCUGGAGGACAAUAUAGUCUUCAAUUAACCAAAGGAGGUGGAAUGUGAGCGUAAGAUGGAGAAGCUGAAGAUAUCGCAAGAAUGGGGAGAGCAUGCUUCCUCCUGCCCAGAUUUGGAUCCCCACCCUCAGAAUUGUGAGGCGGAUGUGCUAACUGCUCGCUCCGCGCCAAAUUUAUUGACUUCAGACUAAUUUAAUUAUCUUUUGCAGUCAUUUUGUACACCUGAAAAGGUGGUCUUCUAAGCUGUGAAUCAGAUUCAGAUAGAAACACAUGGAAAUGAAACUCAAUUUUCAAACUCUUUUCUCAUCUACAUUUUUGUUCCAAAAUAUUUUUGAUUGACCGCAAAGAUAAAGGUGUUGGCCUUCCUGUUGUAAUACAUUUGGAUGGGGUGUAUAAGAGUCUACCGAUGAAGUACCAAAGAUGAUGUACGGUGAUUGACAAUAGAAAUGAAGGAUUAAACUCCUUCACUCCCAAUACCACAAUGACGUUGAAGGGAAUCACCUGGUCACAUUCUCAUUCACUUGAUGAAGCUGCACCAAUGACGCAUAAAAAUGUAUACCAAUGUCACAGUCUUUAACUUAAAGUGAAUUGUAUCUUGGCACACAACUAUAAAAUACACAACUGGAAUUGAGGGAUACAAUAGAAGGAAAAACGCACUGCUAACGGAACAAAUUAAACACUUCCAUCUGCAUCUCAUUUAAUGUUUGUUUGUGUUGACCUGCAAUCACAGUGGUAUUUCCUCUGAAUGUGUAUGUGAUUGAUUGCCAUUCAUUCAUGCGCGCGUGGAAGCAAGCGAGCUUGGCUUGUGUGCCUGUCUGAUGAAGUGUCAAGGUGUGUGCGUAGACGGUGGCGUGAGGCGGUUGUGCGGUGUGAGGACUUGCCAUUUUGACUGUUCAUUUGCGCCAAUCAGCCCCCCCCCCUGUGCCCUCCCGCCUUCCUCUGCUCUCACUCCCUUUCUCUCUUUCUCCCCUUCUCUUUUCUGAUUAGGCCCUCCGCCUCCAUCAGGGCCCCAAUCCCCUAGCUGUCAGUCGCGCGCUCGUCUGAUUGAAAACAAUCAGGCCUCUGAUGGCACAAUUACGCUGACCCCUUAACCAGCCGCCGCUGCCAUAAUCAGUCUCUGAUUAGGCUGCUUUAGGCCUCCUUCACUGCGCCCAGAAGGUUAAUUUGAGCAUCAGACGGAAGCGGACAGGAAGAGAGGGCCAUCGUCCGAAAUUGUAGGGGGACUGUGCACACCAAUAUCGGACCGAUAUAGCUCAGCUGUCAAUCAUUGUCAACGUGUGUUUUCUCAGAGAGUCUCACGCUCGGAAAAUCACAUUUUCUCUGCCUUUGUUCCCCCCUCUUCUGUCUUGCCAUCCUUUGCUCUGCCUUCAUGUAGCUAACCCCCAUCCCUCCCCUUUCUCCCUCACUAUCUCUGUCCCUCACUUUACCCUUUUUAUACACCCCCCCCCACACACACACACACACAUACACACACACGCACGCACAUGCGCACACACAAACACACUUGCACUUGCUCUUUCAGCAUGGAGCGGAAGGAGUUGAUUUAUUCUGUGCCCCGAGGAAGUUGUGUGAUGCAGCGUGACCUUCACAUUUGUUGUCAUGUGGUUGGAACACGACUGCCGGUACCAGUACACUGAGGAUCUUCUGCAACAUAUCCGCUAUGGCCUGAUGGAUGUCUCAACUCUGCACCACCUAGCCUGUAGCCAUCCGCUGGUGCAGUCCAGUUCCACUGUUGCUGCUCUGAUAGAUGAAGCCCUGGACUAUCAUCAUAGCACCUUUGCACAGCCCCUUCACCAGUCAGCCCGCACCAGGCCUCGUUUCCAGUCACUCACCCUCUACAUAGCCGGGGGAAGAAAGCGUGAGGUGUGCAGAGUCCGGGAGCUACGUUAUUUCAAUCCAGCUGCGCGGGAGCACGUUCGUGUGGCAGGGGGCUCGAAUUGGAGCGAGUUGGCACCCAUGCCUACUGGGCGCAGCCACCACUGUGUGUCUGUCAUGGGGAACUUUCUCUUUGUUGUGGGUGGGGAGAUGGAGCACACCAGUGGGAGGACAUGUGCAGUUAGAACCGCCUGUCGAUAUGACCCCAGGACAAACCGCUGGACUGAGAUAGCCUCCAUGAAGGCUUGUAGAGAACAUUUUGUACUGGGAGCUUUGGGUCAGUACCUUUACGCAGUGGGUGGCAGGAACGAGCUGAGGCAGGUGCUUCCCUCAGUAGAGCGCUACUGUCCGAAGAAGAAUAAGUGGAUGUAUGUGCAGCCUUUCGACCGUUCACUUUCAUGCCACGCAGGCUGUGUGGCUGAAAACCUGCUCUGGGUCUCAGGUGGGGUGACAAACACAGCUCAGUACCAGAAUCGACUGAUGGUAUAUGAGCCUGAAAAGGACCAGUGGUUAGCACGCAGUCCAAUGUUGCAGAGGCGUGUCUACCACGUGAUGGCUGCGGUGAGAAGGAAGCUUUACGUGCUUGGUGGGAAUGACCUGGACUACAAUAACGACCGAGUUCUGGUGCGCCACAUCGACUCCUACAACCUGGACAUGGACCAGUGGACCCGCUGCUCCUUCAGCCUCCUCACAGGUCAGAAUGAGUCUGGCGUAGCGGUCCAUGAUGACAGGAUCUAUGUGGUUGGAGGGUACUCGAUUUGGACCAAUGAGCCUUUGGCAUGCAUUCAGGUGCUGGAUCUGAGUCGGGUGGGAAAAGAGGAAGUUUUCUAUGGGCCAACGUUGCCAUUUGGCUCAAAUGGGAUAGCAACUUGUUUCCUCCCUGCUCCAUAUUUCACAUGCCCUAACCUUCAGACACUCCAAGUACCCCAACACAGGAUUGCUUCCGUUUGAACCACAGCAAAUGCAGGACUGAAGAACAACCAUACAUUUGACAGUCAGUAUUUGCAAAUGUGAUUUGAAAAAAAAAAAAAAGAUAGUAUUUACUCGUAUUCACACGAGACUAACUCUCCUAACAAGAAUUGCUGCUGUCCUAUCCCAAACCCAGUUUCCCUGAAAUGCAAACUAGCCAUCCUGGUGUCUAGUCAUUAAAAUAAUAAUAAUAGUUCAUAUGUAAAUCAUUAUAUGCAGACAAUAAAUGCAAACCCUGGAACGUAAAUACUUUAACUCAUUUCAUUAUUCACUCUGUAUCAUGUCAGUUAUCUUUAACGGCAAGAUUUUUUUUUCCCAAACCUUGAAUGAAACACACUUUGGCAGUGUACAUACAUAUCACCCUCUGUCAUGACAGAGAUCCAUAACAUGUUCAAGACAUGUUUAUUGUGAAAUAAAAUGUUUGCUUGUCAUUCUCGGUACAUAGAUGACUAUUUGUCAUGCUGAUUUUCAAAGCAGUUUCUACCAAAAUAAUUCAGUGUCGUGUUGCAAUUCCCUCGUCAGUCUUUGAGUGAAUAGUGUAUAUCGACUUUCCAAAAUAAAUGACUUGUGUAUUAGGUGUGA